AUGACCACUUCCGAUCCAGUUAAGCAAAACUUGCAUUAUGAUAUAACUGAAAAUAUAUGGCAACCAGAAACUGCCAUACCAGAUAGAAUUAAGAAAUUACUUACCCCAACGUCUUCACUGACUAAUUCUAUUCUUGCAUUUAUUCAAAUUGUUAGACUUUUGAAAACUCAAAAAAGAACCGGCUGGGUUGAUAGAGGUGUUCCAUUAGAGAAAACUGAAAGUAUUUCUGAUCAUAUGUAUCGUAUGUCGAUUAUAUCAAUGGCUAUUCCUAACGAUAAGAUUAAUAUCGAUAGAUGUGUUAAGAUUGCAGUUAUUCAUGAUAUCGCUGAAGCCUUAGUUGGCGAUAUUACUCCAUUUGGAGGGGUUUCCAAAACUGAAAAACAUCGUAGAGAAUUAAUCACUAUCCAUUAUUUAUCAAGUUUAAUUGAACCUUAUAACCCAACUUUCGCCAAAGAUAUCUUGGAAUUGUGGUUGGAUUAUGAAGAAAUCAGAUGUAUCGAAGCUCAGUACGUAAAAGAUAUUGAUAAAUUUGAAAUGAUCCAACAAGCUUGGGAUUAUGAACAAGACUAUGGAUUAAAAUAUGAUUUAAACGAAUUUUAUAAAUCCAGAUCCGCCAUAAAGUCAAAAGAAAUCGGUGAUCUCUGUGAUGAAGUUAUUAAACAAAGAACCAAGUUCAUUAAUGACUUGAAAGAUAAUCAGUAG